UCGAUCACUGUAAGAUCUCCAGCUUCAUCUUCGAGUUGCAAAAUGAUAGCGAGCAAAGUUCUCAGUAUUUUCCUGGUGCUUCUUGCAAUACAGGCCAUCUGCGAUGCAGCGGAUUCAUCGGAAUAUGCCGGCACUUACUAUAACCGGAAAACCCAAGUUGCAUCGACCCAGAUUACAAAACCUAACGAUGUAGGCACAUCCAAACUAGUUUCGUUUCAAGGGGCUAACUGUCAAUGUGCAAACCUUGCUUGUUCCUGCUGCACAGGUGUCAGAGUAAAGAAGCUUAAGUUUGAUAAGGAAAUCUGUGCCACGAUUAACUAUCUGAAACAAGACAUUGGUGUUGGAUCCUCACUGAAAGUAGACCAAAAACAGAUCUGGGCAACUUCCGUUUCAGUGCGAAAUCCACCCGCUGUGUGCGUACCAAUUCCUGACUUCCCCGCUGUGAAACUCUGCCUUCGUUUCCAUGAUCUCUACACCACUGGAAAUGGUCUGCACGCUUGCGUCGACUUGGAGACCCACGUGAAAGCACUUCCGGUACUAAAACUACACUUCGCUUGCGCGCAACUAUAAAGGAAUGGAUUCUUACGGUGAUACUUCGGAAACUCGAAUACCUGGACUGCACGAUUAAUUUUAUCAUUAGUAGCACCAAAAUUUAUAUCUAUUAGUUAUUGUCUCAUUGGCUCUUAGUAUUUCAAAUAAAAAUAUAUUAGCAAGGUAAACGAUGUUUCCUACCUGUACUUUCAAUCUCCCGCGGCUCAUCGCCAGUCCGGUUGUCGUUUCUUCUCCUAAACCGAAUUACCGGUAGAGGAUUCAAUAGAAAAUCAAAUGCGGGUGAGUAGCCAAAGCUAAAUUUCUCCAGAAAACGAGGUCACACCGAGAUAUCCGUUAACUGACCAGUUGUGUUUCGUUCGU